UCUUCCGACAAAGAAAUUGCUUUUCCAUGGCGACGAGAGCAGAGCUUGGCGAUUCCCGGCGACGUUUCCGGUCGAUGAUUCCGGCCAACUCAUAGGGUUCUCGAAGAAUACUCCUCUUCUUUUUUAUCUUUCUGCCGUCUGUGUGUCAGAUUUCGGCGGCAUUCUCCAGCGGAUGGGAGCAGAAAACCGGCUGGUAAUGCCGUGCAUUUGAUCUUCUAAUCUGAGAUGAGAAGUCUAGAAGCUUCUUCCUGAGGAUUUUCUCGACGUAUUCUGCUUUUGGAGCUUGGAAUCUGGUGGUUUUUCUUGCUUUGACGUUACCUUGUGGAGCGAUUUCUAGGGUUUUGUAGCUGCAUCGCUCGGUUUUUCUCCUGUUUCCGUGAGAAACCUCGUUCGGAAGGCGAAUGCGAGAGGUUUCGUCCUGUUUUUACUUGGAACGUCGAUUUUUUCUGAUUUUCUGAAUUUUUUUUUGGGUGUUUCUAGGGUCAGAAUCGACGGUCUUAACCGAUUUCUAGGGUUUUGUUUUGGAACCUGUUCGCGAUUCGUCGAUUUCUUUGCUUUUUGUGAGAAAUCUCGUAUCUCGACAUAAAUGCCAGCGAUUUCCUAGUGUUGUAAUUGAAAUCCUGUGUAAAAAUCGGUUAUCGGAUUCUCCUGUGGUUCGAAGGUUGGAAUCUGCAGUUUGGAGAGAUUUCGAGGGUUAGUUUCUGUCUGCCAUUCUCCUAUAUCUUCGAUUUGUUUGGUAGAUCUCGUUUUGGAUGCUGAAUGCCAGCAAUCUUUUGCAUUCGUGUCCUCCGUCAUUUGCGAGUUUCGGUUUCCGUGAGAAAUCCGGUUUCGAAUGCCAAAUGCGGGUGAUUUUCUGCUGUUAUUCUUCAAGUACUGUUAAUGAUCGACAAGAUCGUCAUUUAUGCAGCUAUCUUUGAUUUGAUUGAGCUCAGACAGCCGAAAUAGAGGUUUUUGGCUUCUUAAACGGUUAGCGCUGGCAUCUUUAGCUGUUCUUUUCCUGCAAAAUCCAUCAAAAAUCAUCUGCGGAUAGCUUUUUUCUCUCCUUGUAUAUCUGGAAGUUUCUAAAAUCAGCCUUUUUGCUUGUUUCCUAAGCAACAGCUUCCUUGAAAUCUCUGUUUAUGAAGCAAUCUCACCAUUCCUCUGGCACAGCAAACACUCUCAAGAUUGGAGUAUUUUUUAGAAUCUUUUUCGUGUUUUUGAGCUUCUCUCCUUCUUGAAAUCUCUGGAAAUCAAGAAAUCAACAUUUCUGCUUCGUUGAAUGGUUAGUGUUGAGAAUCUUCCGCCAAUCUGAAAAUCCUGGAAACAAUCCAUUAAUGGCAGCCUAGCAUUUGCCAACCGGUGACUAGAAUGAGAAAGCUAAUGAAGCUCUUCGCCCUUCUUUUCUUUCUUCCAGCUCUUGUCCGAUCAGAAGAUCCAACUCUCAAUGAUGAUGUCCUUGGACUGAUCGUCUUCAAGGCCGAUCUCAAAGAUCCAGAUGUUAAGCUGGACUCUUGGAAUGAGGAUGAGAACAGUCCUUGCAACUGGGUUGGUGUGAAAUGCAACCCUAGGACGAACCGGGUCUCUGAACUCGUCCUUGAUGGAUUCUCUCUCUCUGGACGGAUUGGCCGAGGCCUUGUUCAGCUCCAAUUCCUCCGUCGAUUAUCCCUUGCAAAGAACAAUUUCACUGGAAGUUUAAACCCUGAGCUUGCCCACCUUAGGAGCUUGCGAUCAAUUGACGUCAGUGAGAACAGUCUCUCUGGAACCAUCCCGGAUGAGUUCUUUCAACAAUGUCAGUCUCUCCGGGCUAUCUCACUCGCGAAGAACAGUUUCUCGGGCAUGAUCCCCCCCAGUUUGGGCUCAUGCUCAACGCUUGCAGCUCUUAACUUCUCAUCAAAUCGGCUUUCAGGUCAGUUGCCAGAUGGGCUAUGGUCUCUGAAUGGUCUUAGAUCGCUUGAUCUCUCGGGUAAUUCUCUGACCGGGGAGAUUCCAAAAGGGAUCCAACGGUUGUUCAAUCUAAGACUGAUAAGCUUAAGGAAGAACCAGCUUACUGGGCAGUUACCAGAUGACAUUGGAGGCUGUUUACUUCUAAAGUCACUGGAUUUCAGUGAGAAUUCACUAUCCGGGACCCUUCCAGAUUCAAUGCAGAAGCUCACAAUGUGCAGUUCUUUGAGCUUACAUGCGAAUUCAUUCUCAGGAGAAGUUCCAUCAUGGAUGGGAGACAUGAGAAACUUGGAGUCUUUGGAUCUGUCGUGCAAUGGAUUUUCAGGCAGCAUUCCAGAUUCAUUGGGAAACCUAAUGACACUGAAGAUGUUGAACUUGUCUGGAAACAGAUUUACUGGGAGCUUGCCAGAGUCAAUUGUCAGUUGCAGAAGCCUAUUGGAAGUUGAUUUUAGCCGGAAUUCAUUGAUGGGGAAUCUUCCUGCAUGGUUAUUCGAAUUGGGUUUGCAAAGGAUUUCACUUUCACACAACAAUUUGAGUGGGGUGAUUGAAAAUCCUCCUACUGGGUCGUUGGAGGCAUUGCAUGAGAACCUUAAGAUCUUGGACUUAUCAGGAAACCUGUUUUCUGGAAAAAUUCCGUCCGACAUUGGGGUUUUUAGUAACUUACAGCUGUUGAAUAUGUCUGGGAAUUCUCUUGUGGGUGUGGUUCCAGUGAGCAUUGGGGAAUUGAAGGCUGUGGAUGCUAUUGAUUUAAGCAAGAACCGAUUGAAUGGAAGCAUUCCAUCAGAAAUUGGAGGGGCAGCUGCUCUCAGGGAGCUGAGAUUGCAGAAUAACUUUCUCAGUGGAAAAAUCCCAACCCAGAUUGGAAAAUGCUCUUCCCUAACCACACUGAUUCUUUCACAUAACAACCUUCAAGGCCCCAUCCCCCCAACCAUGGCAAACCUCUCCAACCUCCAAACCGUGGAUUUCUCCCUCAACAACCUUACAGGGACUCUUCCCAAGCAGCUCUCCAACCUCAUUCACCUCCUCUCCUUCAACAUCUCCCACAACCACCUCCAGGGCGAGCUCCCUGCUGGCGGCUUCUUCAACACUAUCACCCCCUCCUCUGUCUCUGGCAACCCCUCCCUCUGUGGAUCUGCUGUCAACCGCUCCUGCCCCGCCGUCCUCCCCAAGCCCAUUGUCCUCAAUCCUAACUCCUCAGAUGCCUCCGGAGCUGGGCCCCUCUCGUCUAAUGUCCGCCACAAAAAGAUCAUCCUCAGCAUCUCUGCCCUCAUUGCGAUCGGCGCUGCCGCUCUCAUUGCCCUUGGCGUCAUUGCUGUUACUGUCCUCAAUCUCCGCGUCCGCUCAUCCACCUCCCGCUCUGCCGCUGCCCUCACCCUCUCCGCCGGUGAUGAGGACUUCAGCCAUUCCCCUGCCACUGAUGCCAAUUCGGGCAAGCUUGUCAUGUUCUCCGGUGACCCUGAGUUCAGUGCCAGCACCCAUGCGCUGCUCAACAAGGAUUGCGAGCUAGGGCGUGGUGGCUUUGGAGCUGUCUAUCGAACUGUCCUCCGUGAUGGUCGCCCCGUUGCCAUCAAGAAGCUCACUGUCUCAAGCCUCGUCAAGUCCCAAGAUGAUUUUGAGCGGGAAGUCAAGAGGCUCGGGAAGAUCCGGCACCACAAUCUUGUCGCCCUUGAGGGCUAUUACUGGACCCAGUCACUGCAGCUUCUCAUAUAUGAAUUUGUCUCUGGUGGGAGCCUCUACAAGCAUCUCCAUGAGGGGUCUACUACAAGCUCCCUCUCGUGGCAUGAACGGUUCAACAUAAUCCUUGGCACCGCAAAGAGCCUGGCCCACCUGCACCAGCUAAAUGUGAUCCAUUACAAUCUCAAAUCAAGCAAUGUACUGAUCGAUAGCUCCGGGGAGCCCAAGGUAGGUGAUUUUGGCCUGGCGAAGCUGCUGCCAAUGCUGGACCGCUACGUCCUGAGCAGCAAGAUACAGAGCGCGUUGGGAUACAUGGCCCCAGAAUUUGCAUGCCGGACAGUGAAGAUCACGGAGAAGUGCGAUGUCUAUGGGUUUGGGGUCUUGCUCCUGGAGGUGGUCACGGGGAGGCGGCCCGUCGAGUACAUGGAAGAUGAUGUGGUGGUCCUUUGCGAUAUGGUGAGGGGGGCAUUGGAGGAAGGACGGGUGGAGGAAUGUGUCGACGGGCGGCUUCAGGGGGAGUUCCCCACAGAGGAGGCGGUCCCAGUGAUGAAGUUGGGAUUGAUCUGCACGUCACAGGUGCCGUCGAACCGGCCUGAUAUGGGAGAGGUGGUCAAUAUACUUGAGCUGAUCAGAUGUCCAUCAGAAGGCCAGGAUGAACUGAGUUGAAUUUGAAUUUUACUUAAUUUCUUUUUUCUUUUUUUUCCAACAGAGAGAAGGGGGGUUUUCAGGGGAAGAAGAAUCCGGUUUUUUAGCUUGUUGAAGAGAGAAGAAGUAAAAAGGGGAUUUAUUGUAAUGCUGUUUUCUUUCGUUCCUGUUUGGCUCGAUUUUUCUUGUUUUUUUUUUAUUGGAUUGUGUUUGUUUGUAGUUUUGGUUCUUUUGAUUUCUUCUCUCUUCAUUGAUGUUGUAAUGACAGACCGGAUUCCUUUUCACCGAAUUCGGGUUUCAGACCUACCCCUUUUUAAGAGAAUUGCUACCACGUUUUCUUUA